AUGGACUCGAAUUCGUCCGAGGUGACACGGCGACACGUUGAACCGAGCGUAUCAAAGCCUAUCAACCUUCAGAUUCCCAAGAUACCCACAUUUCCUUUAUCCUCUCCGAUCACAGAGGAGGUGAUGACACCUUUUACUGAAUCCGAUUCCCCAGAGUAUACGGCUGGCCGUAGCAACAACCCUUUUAUAUCUCCGGAAGAUUAUCUAACAGAAGGACCGAGCCACUGUGAGAACCACAACUCACACUCGGAGCGAAAUGGAGGUUGGAGCGCGGCCGCACAUUCGGCACAGACGUCCUCGAGCCAAAAUGACAAUACAAAUACGAUAAAGAAGACGAGACCCGGGCUGAAUCUAGUGACAGACUUUACCAGGAACGGACAUCAGCAGAUAGCAGAUGGUAAAGCAACUCGAUACCAACAAGCAUCGACCGGGGGCUUUUUAGACCUGAACGACCUUAAGUCUCUUUCUAAAUCUAAGCAAACACACGAACGGCAGGAUGGUAGGCGGCAGCCGACAUGGAAAUCAAAAUUUCGAGGCUAUGAAGAAUUAAAAGACGCAACCGAGGAUUCCGGCAAUGUUCUCCGACCAAUAAGGCGUAUGGAAAAGCAAUCCUUGAUACGGAAGAUUUCACGCAAGACCAAGGAAAAGCCCUCUAAGAUCGAAGACUUAUCUCCUUCCGAUCGACCAAUUUUGAUUGGCAUGAGCAUUCCAACCUUCUCUGUAAAGUCAGAUGGGGUAGAGGAGCCCUUAAGUGCUAAACCUCAGCAAACGCCUGUUACACCAUCAAUAGUGAUAACGCCUGCAGUUGAAGAGCGAGGUUGGGAUGCGGCUUGGGAUAACCCGAACUCAACGAAGGCCCGCCCUCCAUCAAGUGUAUAUUCACAGCCAACGCCGUUUAUGAAACCGGCUAGAAUGGAGUCUAUCCCGCCAGUACCAGCCAUUCCGGCAAUAAAUACUUUCAACGAGAAGCAUUCAGAACUUUUGGCCGAGAGCCCCUCGCAGCGUGGGCAAAAGCGCCGUUCAUAUUCGGCCGGGACGGUUUUCGAGGAGGAAUUUUCCCCAUCGUGGUUGUCUACGCGCGGGCGGUCCUUCUCCGACGAGAGCAGAGUUAAUACCUCGAAGCGUUUAAGCCUUGAAACUAUCUCGACCCGGCCUCGAUCUCAAGGCUGGUGGAACAUCCUGUUAUCCCCUUUAUUAUCAAGAUCGAAUACGUUGGGUAGUUGCCGUGGUCCUCCCACUGGGGACAGCAGUCCACCCCCCGUGCCACCUCUCGCGGUGAACGCCGGGCCAUCAUAUUCUAGAAAUGUCAUGGAUGAGAAACAGUGGGAGAAUGCAGUAUCUUCAUUUUCUCCGGAUACACCUGAAAGUACUCAUGGAAGAAUCCAAAGCAAUGUCACGGCGUGGCCUGACAUGGAUGGCUGGUAUAAACAGAGAGAGGACAGAGAUGUGGCGCCGAGAUCGUCCCAGUCACCGAACCUAGCAAAUCGUCCCGACUUUAAAGCCUCGCCUGAGUCCGCAUCCUCUACGCAAUCAGUGCCCUUUGUCAUGUCAACCUCCACUGAGCACAGCGGUGUAGCUCGCGACAUACCCUGUCAACACGAUCUCUUAAGCAGCCAGCCUUGCUCUGCGUGCCUUAGCCGCUCCAAUAUUGAUAGAUUCCUGGCUGAAGCACCAGCUAAUGGUCGAGGCGUUAUAGCGAAUAAUCCACAACAUUUUACCUUCUUACAGAGCCAGCCAUCAUCAGAACAGGGUUCAAACAACCCGUUCUUUCAAAAGUUUGUGUCAGAUCUGCGGCACGAUCAAGCGAGAAGACCGCGUUCUGAGUCUUGCUCUACAACUAUCGAGGAUGAUGACCCGGAGAUUUCACCCAAUAUACGUCAGGCAACGGCGACUCCUUUAUUCAAGGCAGCUGGUGCGACACCUGCUUUAGUAAACUCUCCAUUACCGCCCCGGAUGCCCUCAAAGGAAGCCAAACAUGUCGAGCCAUCAAAUUUAUCAGCUACAGGAAAGAUUUCGGGCUCAACAUGCAGUAUUCAGACACCGGAAUCAAUACCACCUCCUUAUUCUUCACCAAAAUCCUGCAAGCCAAUUCGCUACCGAGCAAUUUUUCCUCCUGAUCAGCAACCUCAUUCCCCGGGUCCCAUAUCGCCGAAUGGUCACAAUGCUAUGUCACUACGUGGCGGCAUACACAUGUCCAGAAUGGAAAACAUACGUCCGCCCCCAUCGAUAUACACUCCUGGAAACCCAUAUUCUGGUUCUCUACCUCCACGUCCGCCUGCAGCUCCUGUUACCUUGCCCGUAAUCCAGGGCCCAGUGGUACUACAAAGUAAUAUUGAAUCAAAACGCAGAAGACGUGAGAAAGAGGAUGCUGUUGGGAGAAAGGUUGGUGGCUUAUGGCGUGGGAGGGGAUGUUUUAGCAACAGGGGUUGUUUCGGCCGAGCUGGCCGGGAGGGAAGAAAACGGCGACGGUGGUAUUUCGCUAUCGCAUUAAUAUUGCUGCUACUAACGGUUGCAAGUGUUGUUCUCGCGGUGGUAUUCACCAAUAAAAGGGGCCAACCUCCUGAGAUUGAGUCUCGAUGGCUGAAUUUAACUGGAUAUCCUGCAAUACCAACGGGUAUAUCAACCGUUGGCGGACCAGAUCCUGUUGAGAAAAGCUCUGGUUGCGUGCAUCCGUCUACCAUGUGGAGUUGUGCACUGCCAAAAGAGGACCAGGAAAUGAACGAGCCUUAUGAUGCAGAGACACCAAAGUUCAGGAUUGAGAUCACAUUCAAGAACGGGACCAAUUCCCACAGCACGGCCAUGGCGAUUAAGACAAGGCGGGAAGUUACAUCAAGUCUGCGUAGGCGGUUGGUUCGCAGCAUUAUGACUUUAUAUUCAAGGAGUGGCAACUUCACGCCUGUACCAGCGCCUCCAAACUUGGAGGACAUAGAGUUCCUCGGGAAUACCACAGAUGGCAUUGCUUCACCAUUUGUGGGAGAGGAGACACCUUUUUAUGCUACCUUCCUAUCCACAGGACCCAUUAACAAUUACAGGAAAAGGGAUUCUCCUGACCCGCUUCCAAACCUUACCGAUAUAAUCCCAUCACCCACCACCGCUUCCGAUGGCACUGCUGCCCCUGCAAACCUCCUUCCACUUCCAAAGAAUCAGCCACUCCGACUAUACGACCGCGGCAUGCCAACCGAACGAUACGGGUUCUAUACAUACUACGAUCGCUCCAUCUUCCUAAAGUCGGUAGCACCUCUGAAUGAAACAGAUACUGCAGACAUCCCCGACGAUAGAGACGGCGGAUCCAGCAAAUCAGCUGCCCGCGUAAGGUGCACUUGGGCACAAACGCGGUUCCUGGUGCAGAUCUGGACUCAGCCAGAGAAGGCCAAGUUGCAUCUAGUGGAAAGCUCUACCUCUUCAAAGUCUCCGUCCUCGGAUUCGGAUUAUGCAACAGACUUUUCCCGUCCUGGUACAUUUCCAUACCCGAUUACUAUCAAAUUGGACCGACACGGCGGCGAUGCCAAGAAGAAAAUGGUAUACUGUUAUGGAAUGAACGAGCGAUCACAGAUUGAAUUAAACGAGAGAAAGCUGCAGUUGGAAUUUCGUGGUUUUGGGGGCACACUCAUAAAGCCUGCAGGCGGGAUAUUCAAUUUGACAGAUUCGGACAGGAAGGACAAGCGGGAUGAAAGUUGGCAACCUGUCGAUGGCGGAACUGGGGGUUGUAAGUGUGAAUGGAGAAAUUUCUAUGCAGUUCGUGAUUGA